ACUCUCUUUAUUCUUUCUUCUUCCAACAACCCCGACAACUUCUUUCUUCUACUUCUUUACUUUGCCUCACAAACUUUUCCGAUACAUCGCACCGAGUCUGUGACUUUCUGAUAUCGGACUUUAACUAGUUCGCUUCAUCUGUUCUUGCGCUUCACGAGGCAACCCCUUGUCGACAAGCACACGAAUUCACCAAGGCCCUUUGUGCCAGCGCCCGCACACAGGCCUUGCAUACACUCAAUCAACAUAAUCGCAUACUUCAAAUAAUCUAUCGCAAUCUAUCACAAUGUCGGAUAUCGACGAAGAGCUCCUCGCCCUUGCGGGUGACGCAUCCUCGGAUGAGGAAGACACCGCGCCGGUGACAGCUACCCGCACUGCAUCGGACUCCCCAGACGCAAACACGCCUUCUGGGAGCAAAGGCACGGCUAAGAAGGCCCGCGGCAGACGCGCCGAGUCGGAAGAAGAGGGCGAAGCUUCUUCGAGGAACUCGUCACCGGACUCACAGCGAUCAGCUCCUAUGGAUGAAUCGGAGUCGGAUUCAGACAAUGGCCCGGCAAUGUUCGAUGAUGGAGACAGAUACCCGCUCGAGGGCAAAUUCGUGAAUUCCUCUGAUAGAGCGGAGAUUCUUGCGAUGCCCGAGAUCAAACGUGAGGAGAUCCUUGCAGAGCGCUCGAUGGAAAUUGAACGCGAUCGCCAGAAUAGGGCUUUGCGCCAACUCCUCCACGCGCGCGAGGCUGAGCAGAAGAGAGGCGACAAGAAGCGCAAGGCUGGCAAUGCCGACUUGGACGAAAACCAGCGCAAGACUUCCAGGCAGCGCACCAAGGUUGGUGGUGGACGUGUCGGAGAGGCGAGCAGUGGCAUCGACAGCUUGAAGCGCGCUAGAGAUGAGAAGGCUGACCGAUUGAAACGCCGCAAGGAGGAUUUGGAGCGCAACGGCGGCCACAGGGCUAACAAUCACGACCAGUCCGAUGACGAUGCUGGUGCGGAUAGCGAGUUGGAAUGGGAUGAUGGGAAGGCUAAGCAUGGCCGUUCAGCCUCCCCGCCGACACACUCUCCGCCUUGCGAAUUGCCCGACGUUCAGAAGGUGUCCAUUGGGAGAACGAAGUUUGCGAAGCUCUGUUUCUAUCCUGGUUUCGAAGAUGCGUACAAUGGUGGAUUUGUUCGUGUCAGUGUUGGGGCGGAUAAGGCGACUGGUGAUAAUGUCUAUCGCAUGGCUCAAAUCAUGGGCUUUGAAGAGGGCAAACCGUAUGCCUUGGAGAAGGAAAACGGCCAGACCUUUGUCACAACGCAAUAUGUCACCGCCGCUCACGGGAAAGCAGUCCGUCCCUGGCCAUUCUUCACCUGUUCUAACUCGCCCAUCACCGAAGCCGAGUUUAAACGCUACAUGCAGACUUGCGCCGUCGAGAAGGUUAAUAUCCCUACUCGCCGCCAGCUCGCCACCCAGGUGGGACGCAUCGACGCCCUCGUGAACCGCAGCUGGACCGAAGCCGAGCUGACCGAGAAGCUCCGCCGCUCCGGCGCCCUCGCCGCAAAAUACAAGUCCGUCGACCGCAACAAGCUCAACAAGCGCCUCAACCAAGCUAAACUCCUCGGCGACGUCGACCGCCAAGAGGAGAUCAAAGCCGAGCUCGCCGCCCUCGAGGGCCCCAAACUCGCCUUCGGCACCUCCCUCCACAAGACCCCCGCCCAGACCGGCCCCAGGACCCUGUCCCAGCAGGACCGCCUCGCUAUUCUCAACCAGGAGAACCGCCGCAAGAACAAUGAGGAGAUUAAGGCUGCCCAGCUGCGCGAGAUGCGCGAGCAGCGCCGGAUUGAGGCUGCGAUUGCGCGUGGUGAAGAUGCGGUUGUAGAUCACAGCCGUCGCGUACGCACGCGCGCUGUGCUCAAGCACGAUGUGAAUAAGGAGUCUGGCAGCGGUGCUAGCACGCCUGCUAAGGUGGCGACGCCGAAGCUGAGCCCGAAGAAGGAGUCGGGGGUUCUGCCGCACAUGGCGAAGCUGCACGCGGAGAUGGAGAAGCAGAAGCAGAAUGGGGGCAUUGCUACGAUGAGGAGGCCGUUGUGCGAUGAUGAUAUCAUUGGCGCGAUUGACUUGGGCAUUGAGAUUGAGCUAUAGAUUGUUGUUGUUACGAUAGGAUUUUUCACUGGCGGGUGAGGGUGUUUGCCUGCCUAGAGCGUGGUUUUACAUAUUGUAUUGUUCAUUUACCUUUACAUCACAUUUGGGGCGGGGUUUUGGCGAUGCAUGCACAUUGAGGAGUCAAGCCUGAAGGUCCCAGGCAUAGCGUUGAUGGAGAGCUACGGGCAUGUGUGCACCUGUUGAGCUGCUCAACAUCGUGGGGAGUCGAUGAGGUGGUAGUUACAGACGGGAUAGGGGGUAUAGACUUGGAUGGAAGAAAUUGGCAAAAAAGAGAAGCAGAGAAGCUAUGGAGAUUUGACCACACUCGUCCCCAAUCUCAGAGACAUGUGAAUAUGGAAUUCAAGUGCACAUGAACUUUGGAAGAAACAAGCCUCGGCCCUCACCGUUCGUUUCCAUGUUCUCGUUCUGGAGUCUUUUGCGAUUGGGAUUUCCAGAUUGGUGGAAAUUAUCAAGGGGCAAGAAGUUGAUAAGUCUGUUUAUUUACUAUGCGUGCAUCUCUUUGAUGCUGCAUCAUACGUCCAAGCUCACUAGAACACAAAUAACAAACGCAUCUCAACGAACACAAAAAUGCAAAUCAUCC